UAUAGGAUCAUGGUCACCAGCCUACAAAAUGCAUCAUGGCUAGUGUCACGAGGGAUUCCACCAGCACAUUACAGUUUUCUAUUUGUAGAUGAGGCGAGCUUUUCAGCAGAAACUGAGUGUCUCAUCCCUUUGGCAGGUCUGCUGAUACCACACAAAUGCCAGGUAGUUCUGGCUGGAGACCCGAAACAGUUGGGCCCUGUCAUCUCGUCCAUGCUGGCAGUCAGACACGGCAUGGGUGUAUCCAUGUUGGAGCGUCUGUUGGACAUCGACCUUUACAGGCGACACGAGAGGCAUGGGUUCAACAAUUGCUACGUAUCCAAAUUACUGAGGAACUACAGGUCCCAUCCGGCCAUUCUAAAAGUUCCCAAUGAGCUCUUUUAUAAUGGAGAACUUCAAUCAUAUGCUGAUAAAAACACUACAAGUUCAUUCUGCACAUGGGAAAAAUUGCCCAAGAAGGGUUGGCCUCUGAUCUUCCAUGGAGUGGCAGGAAAUAGUGAACGUGACGCCAACAAUCCCUCUGUUUACAAUAUGGCCGAGGUGGAAGUGUUGAAGGAGUACCUUAAAGCCCUUGUGGAUCAUUUUCACAAACAGGGUGUGAACAAAAUUGAGCCGAACAAUAUUGGCAUCAUUGCCCCAUACAGAAAACAAGUGGAGAAAAUCUAUGAAGCCUUUCAGUCAGACAAAGAUCUCAGGGAGGAAAACUUGGAAAACGUUUUGGUUGGUACGGUGGAGCAGUUCCAGGGUAAAGAGUUCAAUGUGACUCUGGUGUCAACAGUGCGUAGCAUGGCUAAACUGACUGCACCAGAUCAAAACUUCACUCUAGGCUUUGUCGAUAAUGAGAAGAGGUUCAACGUGGCAAUGACCCGGGCACGAGCUCUGCUGAUUGUGGUUGGAGACCCGAGAGUCUUGAAAACUGACAAAAACUGGAACACAUUCAUCCAUUACUGCUUCACUAAUGGGUGUUACCGUGGCAUCGCAGUCUCUGAUGCAGAGGAAGAGAUGACUGAGGAAGAGAUGACACUAUAAUACUGUGGAGGGGGGGCGCAGCGACAGGUAAAACCUGCUGCACCAUCAGACCUCACCCGAUCGUAUGAGGCUCCCCGUAUUACACACAAAACAGUAAGAAUAAACA